CUGGCAAGAAUGGGUAAGGAAUGGAGAUAUUUUGAUGAACUGACCUGGAUCGGUCUAGAAGCUAGAGGUACAGGAAGAAAAGUAUGGACGUGGACUGACGGCACGAAAGUUGACUAUCUAGCUUGGGUUGUGGGUGCACCUGAUGCUCCUGAGAGUCAACGCUGCGUAAUGGUAAGGUUUUCAUAA